UAUGCUAUCGACCAAUACACGAUUAAAAGGACGGGUUUAAAAAGAAAUGUAUGACCGUCACCCCAUAAUGUUGUGCAUAGGGUGGUAGACAUUUGGCUUUGUGUGUUGUGAUGUUCUCUCUUACGAAGUUUUCGUUAUGGCUCUCAGAUUUGUGACGAUAACAUAAUUAUCUUGAAGUGAUUGGCAGCCAACCAGAUUUUCCCUGAUAUCAUCUAACUAGUCAGCUUCAUAAUGUUUUUUUGCGCUGCUGCAUUUCUUAUACUCCUAGUGAGUGGUUGCGAAGCUAGAGGUGUUAAUGGAGGUUUGUCUUGUGCUGCUUGUACCAUCGUAUUUGGUCUCGCAGACCAGUUAGCAGAAAUCCACAAUGAAAGCCUCUUAGCUGGUUCGUUACGAGUUUGUGAUAUGUUGCCUUCGCCGGGAAACGAUUACUGUAGGGACAUUGUUAAACUUGUGUGGCCACUCUUAGUAAAUAGGGAAGUUUCCAAAUAUUUUACACCAGAUGUCUUUUGCUAUGGUAUUGAUGUGUGCUACACUGAAGAAAAUACUGGUUUUUGUCAUUUGUUCCCAAGGCCAUUGUCGAAUUUUAGGAAUACAGUGCAUCAGAUAAAGAAAGUAACAGCACAAAACGGAAGGGGGAAAGAAUAUCAGCAACAUUUAGAGAGAUUAGGAAUUGCUUUAUGUCAUAUUCCUGGAAUAAAACAGAUAUGUGAUAUGUUCAAUAAAACAUGGAUGAAAACAGAGCCUGCUAUUGAUCUAGAUGGUGACCGCUUCAGUAUAGUCAAUACAGCUAGAGGCUACCAUUGGAGGGGCAGAGACUGUGAAGACUGGAACCCGUUAGCAUACCCUGGCCGUGAACCAGAAAAUGGAGACACAGCAGCAGACUAUAACUGCAAUGGCAUCUGGGGCAUAGAUCAGAAGAGUGGAAAACCAUAUGAGGAUGAAUUUUGUAAAGAGACAGGUUCAAGAGGAUUGAUUAUAAUUGGAGACUCAGUUUCAGCACACUUCCAUUUCCCAGAAGCUUGGAUGAAUCCACUGUUGAUCUCAAAUUAUGUUCUUCAUAAUUACACAGAACAUCUUCUAGAUGAGCUAGACUGGCCACAUUUAGGAUAUGCCACAGGGUUUACAAACACUACAGAACCGCUUCUUAUAAAGGGUCGGACAGAUUCCAUCUAUCUGAGGCUAAGAGAUCGCAAUCUGUGUAACCACAGGGAUUAUCAAAAUAUUUGUCGUAAUGGAGAUUCCAGCUUUGAUGCUGUAAAGCGUGUGAAAAGCAUUGCUCGUAACAAGAACAGGGACAAACCAGCACUUGUUAUAUACGGUUUGUUUGGAAAUGAUGUCUGUAACAAUCAUGCGGACACUAUAUCCAAUAUGACAACUCCAGAAGAGUACCGGAAGAAUGUAAUGGAAGUGCUGAGUGCACUGGACACUAUGCUUCCCAAAGGAAGUCAUGUACUUCUAAUUGGAUUGGUUGAUGGGAGUUUCAUCUAUCCAGAGAUGGCCAAUAGGUUCCAUCCUUUAGGCAAGUUCAGACGUGACAUUCGUUACCGUGAUGUGUAUAAGUGGUUCACAUGCAUGGAAAUUGGACCUUGUGUUGGCUGGAUGACAUCAAAUGAAACACUGAGGCAAAUCACUUCACAGAGGGCACAAGAACUGUCUGAUGUUCUAGAAAACAUAGCAAAAGAGCAGAAGUUUUCAUCUUUUGAGGUGUUUUAUCUGGAAAAUCCUAUACAUCAAGUAUUCAAAGAAUGGACUGAGAAAGGAAACCAAGUAUGGCAGCUUUUGGAUCCAGUUGACAGUUUUCAUCCCAAUCAGAUUGCUCAACCAUUGAUUGCUGAAAAUCUGUGGCGGGACAUCAGCAAAAAGUUUCCUCAGGCACUUGGUGAAACCAAUCCACACAAUGAAAGAAUCAGAAAAAUAUUUGGUGAUCAAAAUGGCCACUAAUUAGUUGACCAACAAGAGCAAUGACAAUAAUACUGUGGCAACUACCUCACUUAAAGAAGGAAAAAAAAACCUACAAAAAGAAACAUUGGAACAACGACUGUUUAUGCUGUAGUUAC